AUGAAUCCCGAUGAAGACUGGCUACUACCCAGAGAUGUCCCCUCAUGGUGUUUCUCUCCAGAAGAGAAACCUCUAACCUGGUCAGAGUGGUUCUGGCUCGUCGUGGAGGACCUUGGUUCUUCGGCUCGGAAAGUCUGCUCCUUUCUAUGUCAAGCAACUCUGAAGCUUACGAUCCUUUUCAUCUCAACUGUUGCCUGUAGCUUGAUUAUCGGUUGCUUUCUCGACUACGAAACCUACACACCCACACCCUCAUCCUCCGAGUUGAUUAUAUCUUAUCCCGAGCACGUCGAGCUCACGUCAAAGGACUUCGACCAUCAUGGAAACCACGACGACAAGAAUGGCACCCUCUACAUUGCCUUCCCGAAGCCCAACCUGCUCCUGAGUCGCAACUGGAAGUUGCUGACGAGCGAUACAUACAACGAUCUCAAGUCCCAACUUGCCUACCAUGCCUACGAAACUUGGGCACUGCAGGUCAAAAGUCUCACGCGCAGGGUUGACAAGACUCUACAACAAGAACUUUCAAAGUUCAGCCAGUGCCAGGACCUCUGGCACCAACCGUCGAACAUGGCCAAUGAGAAACUCAGCCUGGUCAUCACAAUGAUCAAGAAGAAGCGCGACGAACUCUCAGCCUUGGCUCCCCGGAUGGACGAAACCCCAUAUUCGCGCUGCUCUCGUCAACAAAACACUCAUCGAAACGUCGAGGCCUUGAGCCACAUAGCUUUCCUCCUUGGUCUAGCCGCACAGGAACAAAUGGAGAAGCUUGAAGACGACAUAGCAUGCUUUCAAGCCGUCGAGUGGAGACUGGCUCUAUCGAUGGAUAACUUCCGCGAAGCAAAAGAACUCGUACCGGGUGAUGGAGCUUCGAGCGUGAGGGACCACAUACUAGCCGAUCUAGAGAUGCUGAAGAUAUCUACCAAGUUUGCUACUGGCGAAGCGACCCAGGUUGUUUCGUUUUUCCAACAUCACCUUCAUGCAGCGAUUUUAAUCUAUCACGAUAUCCAAACGGAACAAGAGAGCACGUCACGGUGGCUCGAGAACGCCCAAGGUCCUUGCGGAGUCUCUGAGGAGCAAAUUAAUGUACUUGAGAAGGUUAAUAAUCUGCUCAGUCAAGGUCGGUUAUUGUCACAGGGGACGGGCAGUAGAUUCGAGAUGUAG